GGUAUACUCUUGUCAUAGCAAAAACUCCGACCAAGAAUUCAAGGAGAAAUACACAAUGGAACUACCGCGUUUUCAGUGAAUACCGUCAGACUCCAUUCCAAGAUACUGUAUGUUCCCUGGAACCGACCUGUCAGCACCAUGUGACCCCAAGCUGACGGACAAGCUGCUCCUUAUAAAAACUGGGUCGGCUUCGCUUGCUUCUCCGUCCCGUCGCGGGGCCAAAGAAGAGUCCGAUUGUAUGGGGCAAGAGAAUUUCAACCACCAUUACUUCUUCAUUUCACCACGUGUCCCCUGGAGUCUCUGCUGGGUGGGCCAAUCACAGUGUCAUAUACCCCAAGUGCCCCGAUGUGGGGAUCUGAAACGCAUAGAACCGAAGCUAGGAAGCUGGCGAGGAACCACUUAGCAACCUCUAGUCAGCCCUAAUGCGAGUAAGCACCAUUGUGUUGCCGCCGGGAGCGAUAGAUUAGUGUCCUCGGUUCGUUAUAAAUACAAGGCCAGCUAGCCCGUGUGCCUGGGAAUGGGCCGAACUAUUACCAUCGUCAGUGCUCAAGAUGCUUCUGCCCUACUAUCUUCUAGCAGCUGCUGCGACCGUCAUGGCGUCGCCUACCGUGUACCUUAUCCGACAUGGAGAGAAGCCAGAUGAUGGCGGCAACGGUCUCAGCGCUCAGGGGGUCCAACGCGCUCAAUGUCUCCGAUCCGUCUUUGGCAAGGAUUCGAAGUACAACAUUGGCUAUAUAAUGGCACAAACCCCCAAGAAGAGCGGCAAGCGGGUCCGUCCGUAUGAGACAGUUCUUCCCUUGGCCGAGGAUUUGGGUCUUACUGUGGAUACUUCUUGCGACCGCGACGACCCCAAAUGUGUGAAGAAGGCCAUCGAAAAUUACAAAGGGGAUGGGAAUAUCUUGAUCUGCUGGCAGCAUGAGGCGCUUACAGAUAUUGUGAAGAAGCUCGGAGCCGAUGAUGCGCCGGAGUAUCCAAGUGACAGAUUCGACUUGAUUUGGACUGAUCCUUCGCCAUACACAAAGAUCACGGAGACCACGAGUGAGCAGUGUCCCGGACUGGAUGGUUAAGCAUCAGAAAUGUUGAAAAAGUAGUACUCGCCUUGCGUUCUUUUUAUGAAAACAAACAAUCAGUUAUGGCUCUAAGAUAUCAUCCUUCGCAUUCGAUGUCCGUUACGCUUUUGUUAUUACCGCAAGUUAUUUUGCUCUAAUGAUUACUGUGGGUUACUUGACUUGGACUUUGAACAUUAUGAGGCUCAAGAGUGGUCGAUUUCUGGGCCAGUAUUCA